AUGGCAACUAAACCCGAUACUUCAAUGGAGAAUACUCCCGAUUCUUCCCAAAUUUCCGUACUUUUCCUCGCAUAUGAUACCUUCAAUACACUAGAUAUUAAUGGACCUCUCGAUGUCCUAGGAAAUGUCGCACUGAGCGAAGAUCCAUUCAAACUCACCAUCGCAGCUCAACACGACAUCACCAUAUCAGCCGAAGGAGCAAAAAUCCAACGUCACAUCUCCUUCAUCACUGCCUUUGAAACACUCGAGAAUUACGAUAUCCUCAUCCAACCGGGUGGUUCCUCCGAUGAUAUCUUUCCCCAUCUAUAUCCACACAAAGAUAGCCAUUUCUCGGACAUGCUCAAUAUUAUCGAAGAAUUCUCACAACUUGGUUCAUCACCUCGUUUACAUGGUCCGCGGAUCAUAAUGUCGAUUUGUACGGGUGCACUCUUUCUUGGUUCUGCGGGGAUAUUUUCAGGAUUAAAUGCAACGACUCAUUUUCUCACGUUGCCGAAACUCAAAAUUAUCUGCGAUGCAUAUACGGCGAGAAGUUCAACUCACAAAUCAACAACUGUGGUGCCGAAUCCGGCGUCUUUGAAUUUUAGAUAUGUGAAGGAACAAUUGAGUUUGGAUAAGAAAGUUAGGGUUAUUAGUAGUGGAGGUAUUAGCUGUGGUAUUGAUGCUACACUUUACUUGUUGGCAUUGGUUAAGGGAAUUCAACCUGCGUUAGCGGUUGCGCAGAUGAUGCAAUAUGCUUGGAGGGAGAUGCCAUAA